UUGUAUCUCCUUACUAAACAUAUGUUUGAGAGGUUGGGGUUUCUCAUCCAUCCAGCUAAAUCCAAAUUGAUACCAUCUAGAAUCAUUGAUUAUUUGGGGUUCACCAUUGAUUCAACUAACAUGUUAGUGACUCUGCCUAGAGGCAAGAGAUUAGAAUUAAUGGAAGCUUGUAGCAAUCUUGUUGAUGAGCAGCAAUCCUCCAUCCGACGAGUGGCUAGUGUAAUUGGCAAAUUAGUGGCUGCUUUCUCUGGAGUGCAAUUUGGGCCUUUACAUUAUCAGAAUUUGCAAUGUGCUAAGGAACAGGCACUCAAAACACAUGCAGGUCAUUUCGAUAGACUCAUGCGGUUGCCAGUUGAAGCUAUCACUGAGUUACAGUGGUGGAUAACAAAUGUUUCACGUUGCUCUAGUAAAAUUCUGGUUAAUCAACCUUCAGUUGUCUUACAAACUGAUGUGAGUGCCUUGGGAUGGGGAGUCACUGAUACCAAUUCGAGCUGCGGCGGCAGAUGGAAUGUGCAUGAGGCGUUAAUUCUUCAGGUGCAUGGUAUUAACUAUUUAGAAUUGUUGGGAGCAGUCUAUGGCUUAAAAGCGUAUUGUUCAACUAUGCAUGAUUUGCAUGUUCAACUCCAGUUUGAUAACACCACAGCAGUUGCAUAUGUUAAUCACAUGGGCGGAAUUAAGUCGGUAUCAUGUGAUAAGCUGGUUAACCUUAUUUGGCAUUGGUGUAUUGCAAGAAACAUCUGGAUUUCAGCAAUCUACUUACCAGGUAGAUAUAACAUGGUGGCAGACACCAGGUCACGAAAAUUCAAUGACACAGAGUGGAUGUUGAAUCCAAGAAUUUUUUUAAAUGUUAUCGCCUGGUAUGGUUUGCCAGAUAUUGAUUUGUUUGCAUCCAGGCUAAAUCACCAGUUACCAAAGUAUGUUUCAUGGGAGCCGGAUCCAGGGGCAGUAGCGGUAGAUGCAUUCUCGCUACAUUGGGGUGGUAUGUUCUUUUAUGCUUUUCCCCCAUUCUGUCUCAUCAGUCGAUGUCUCAUUAAGAUUGAGCAGGACUCCGCCUCAGGCAUUUUGGUAGUCCCCGACUGGCCCACACAACCAUGGUUCCCACUCAUUCUGAGACUGAUCACAUAGCCUUUUAUGGUUGUUCCCAAAUGCAGCAACCUGUUGGUUCACCCUGUGACAGGAGAGAGUCAUCCUUUACAUGAUCAUAUUAAUCUGUUGGUUUGCAGAUUCUGACAAGACCGUUCCUGGGGCUCGGACUAUCAGGUCGUAUGGUGGAUGUGAUUACUGCGGCCUGGAGGGAUAGUACUAA